UGAUUACAUUGAUACAAAUCAACCACUUGAAAUGCGACCCAAAUCAUCACUGGUGUUAUCAUAUUAAUUAAACGUUUGAUCCAAAUUAUGUAAACUUACACAUUAUGUAUUAUUAAAUUACAAAUUUUCUUUGAAAACGCACUGAAAGAUUAAAUAAUAUUACAUCUUAAUAGUUGCUUGCAUUUUUUAAUUAUCAUAAAAAGCAUUUGGCAAUUCUAAACUUAGUGUUAAAUAUAAAUCAUAAACAAUUA